AUGACCAACAAAACAUGGGCAGCCGUGAACAACUUUAAGAACGAGACGGGCUACACCAAACUCGGGCGCAAGCAGCUGCAGCAGGUGGCGCCGUCUGUGCCCCGCCCCCUGCCCCCCCGCCACGUGCCCUCCAGGCAGCAGGACCCACUGAUGGCCCACGUCGCCAUCCCGCCCCCCCGCGCCCUCCCCCCCGCCGCCCCCGCCGUCGCCCCACCGCAGCCUCUGGUCGUGCUGCCUCCCCCGGUUGUUUCGGCGCCGCCUCCCGCCGCCGCCGCCGCCACCACCACCGCCGCCAUUGUGCGACAGGACACCCCCCCACUGGCCCCGCCGCCGACCCAGGACUCCCGGGAUCGCCAUGACAACCGGGACGUCCAUGACAACAGGGAAAUCCCCGACAACCGGGACCUCCACGAUGCCCGGGACAAUAGGGAGCACCAUGACAACCGGGACGCUCGGGACAGCCGGGAUCACGGCGACGCCCGUGACACCCGGGAUCACCAUGACAACCGGGACCACCACGACCCCCGGCAUGACCCCCGAGACCAGCACCACCACCACCACCCCAGAGACCAACACCACCACGACCCCCGGGAGCGCCACGACGUCCACUCCCCGAUGCAGUCCGGCGGCCAGAGGGAACCACCCCCGCCAGGUGAGGCGGACCACGACCCACACAUGAUGAUGAACCAAGGUCCACCGCACGACGGCAGGCCACAGGUCCCCCGCCACGCCCCCAUCAGCCCCACAGAGGAGGAGGUCCAAAACUUCCGGCCCCGUGAGGAUCACCCCCCACCCCGGAUGCAGGUGGCCCCCUUCCCGCCCAACGCCGCGCCCCCGGUUUACGCCGCCCCCGCGCUCUAUCCCCCUCCCCCCCAGAUCUACCCGCCCCCCUACUCCACGGGACCCGGCCUCAUCCCGCCGCCCCCCGUCGGCUACCAGCCCCAGCCCAUGUACCCCCCCGGGAUGCAGGGCAUCAACCCCCCCUGGAUGCCCCCCAACAACCAGCACCCCCUCGGGCCCCACCCGCCCCCCCUCAACCAGCCCCACCUCUCCAAGGAGGAGUUCUACCGGCAGCACCAUCUCCAUCACCACCCCGACGAGGUAACCUCCAAGCUUGACGAGUUCACUAAAGACUUCCACAAAGAGCUGAUGAAGUACUGCAGUGCGCCAAAGAGACGCAGACGGUCUUACACCAGGUCGCGGACCUACAGCCGCUCGCCGUUCAGCCGCUCUCCCUUCUCCAGGUCCCGGUCCCGGUCCCGGUCGUACUCCUACACCCCAAGCCGCUCGCGCUCGCGCUCCCGCAACCGGUCCUACCCCCGCUCGCCCUUCUCCCGGCGCAACGGGCGCAGCUACGGCCGCACGCGCUCCCGUUCCCGCUCUCGCUCCAGGCCGUACACGUACCGUCGGUCGGGCUCUCCGCGCUCUCCCGGGCCGUACCGCCCCCCCGGUGGUCAAGGCUGGGACGGCGCAGACGGAGCCGCCUUCAGGUCCAGGUCCCGUUCCCGCACCCCUGGCGGCUUCCGGAGGGUCAGUCCCGGCGGCGGUGGAGGCGCUGGCGGAGGCGGUCGCAAACCCCCGCCGCGGGAGCCGCCGCCCUUCGACGGGCGGGACAUGAGCCCCGGAACCCACGAGCGCUGGGAAAGGGACGGCUACAGGCAGUGGGAGAGGGACUACCGGGACUACUACAAGUACUACAGGGACUACGACGGCCAGCCCCCGCACCACAGGGCGCACGGCAGCCGGGACCGGGAGAGGGACCGGCUCUCGCCCCCGCCCAGAGACUACUCCCCCCAGGGCAAGAGCCGGAGGGGGCGGGACGGCGACCGAGGCGCGCCCUCGUUCCACCAGCCCUCCUCCUCCUCCGGGACCAAGAGCAGCAGCAAGAGCAGCAAGUCCAAGAAAGUGAAGAAGAAGAAGAACGGGGACGAGUCGGAGGCGGCCCACCAGUCCAUGGACCGAGGGGACGCCACCCCCGUCCGGGACGAGCCCAUGGACGACGCGCCCAACCUCUCCAAGACGCCCCCCAGCUCCUCCAAGAGCAGCUCCGCCGCCAAGGCCGCCACCAGCAAGAGCUCCUCCUCCUCUGCGUCCGCCAAGACCUCGUCCAAGUCAGGGAAGACCUCGUCUGACAAGAGCAAGAAGGACAAGACAUCCAAGGUCAAGGUCAAGGUGAAAACCGAGGCCGCGAAGGUCAAAGGUAAAAAAGCGGUGCCGGACGCAGCACCGGCCAAAAAGAAGGAGGGCUCCUCUUCCUCCUCCUCCACCACCGCUGCCGCGGCUCCUCCUCCUCCUCCUCCUCCUCCUCCUCCUCUUUCGAAGUCGUCCAAGACCACCAAGGCCCCAGGGCCCGAGGAGACCAGCGUCCCGGCCGUCGUGAAGAAGGACAAGGCCAAGGCGCCCGCGCCGCGGCCCGUCCCGAUCAAACCCCGCCUGGUGUCCUCUCGGAUCCAACCCCCGCCCCCCCCGGUUCUCCUGGACCCCCCGCGGCCCGUCGUCGACCUCCACGGCGGGCGGGACCCCCUGAAAAACGCCGGCCUCCUGCCGCUCCCGAUGCAGCACGGGCUCCUGAUGCUGCCCCACCACCCCUCCUUCCAGAUGGACAAACGCAGGCGGCCUGGGGAGGAGCGGCCGCCUUUCCUUCUGGGGCUGCCCCCAAACAAGCUGCGGUGCAUCGGGGUACCCGGGAUGGGGUUGGACCGCCUCCCUCACACCCAGAUGGUGCUCCCGGCGCAGCUCCUGAGAGUCCCCAGUGCCAUGGACCGACCAGGAAUACUGCCCACCCCGGGAGCGCCCCGUGAUCCAGGGCGAGGGGACAUGGGCCAGCGAGACAUGGGCCAACGGGACUUGGGCCAACGGGACUUGGGCCAACGUGACUUGGGCCAACGUGACUUGGGCCAACGUGACUUGGGCCAACGAGACAUGGGCCAGCGAGACAUGGGCCAGCGAGACAUGGGCCAGCGAGACAUGGGCCAGCGAGACAUGGGCCAGCGAGACAUGGGCCAGCGAGACAUGGGCCAGCGAGACAUGGGCCAGCGAGACUUGGGCCAACGUGACUUGGGCCAACGUGACUUGGGCCAACGAGACUUGGGCCAGCGAGACAUGGGCCUGCGGGACAUGGGCCUGCGGGACAUGGGCCAGCGAGACAUAGGCCAGCGCGACAUUGGCCAACGUGACAUAGGACAGCGAGACAUAGGCCAGCGCGACAUAGGGCAGCGAGACAUGGGCCAACGAGAUGUAGGCCAGCGAGACAUGGGAUGGGUGGACAUCAGACCCCUAAUGGACCUCCAGGUGAAGCCGAUGGCCCCUAGGAGGAUCAAGCUGAACCGCGACCUGGGGAGAAAGAAUAGCACCGAGGGUCCUUCCACAGACAAACCCCCCGCCGCGCCAGAGAAGACCCCCAGCGCCACAGACAAAGCAUCUUCUGGCAGCACCCCCACAGGCGAGAGGCCCCCCAGAGGUCCAGAGCCGACCGGGAGGAGGGAGAGAUCGGUGUCCCGGGAAAGGGGUGGCUCCAGAGAGAGGCCGGGGAGCGGCAGGGAUCGGGACCAACGCAUGGGACUGGACCGGGACCGGGACAGAGUCUCCGGUGCCGACAGAGAACGGGAUAGAAUUCCAGGGUCGGACAGGGAAAGGGACACGAAUUUGGGAACAGACCGGGAACGGGACAGAAUUUCCAGAUCAGACAGGGAUAGGGACCGAGACAGGGACAGAAUCUCCGGAUCGGACCGCGAUAGGGAAAGAGUUUCAGGAUCUGACCGAGACAGGGACCGACCUCCCGGAUCGGAUCGCGAGAGGGACCGAGGCCCCGCGUCGGACAGAGAGCGGGACAGACUCCCAGGGUCGGACAAAGGGCGAGAGAGGGCUCCGGGAUCCGGCAAGGAGCGGGACAGAUCCCGCGGGCCGGACCGUGAGCGGGGCCAGAGCUCCGACUCGGACAGACACCGGGAGAAAACCUCUGCCGCGCCGGCGGCCGAGAAGAUGGCGGUGACGGUGGAGAGGGACGCCGCCGACGGACAGCGCCUGGUGAAGACCGACAAAAGUGACUCCGGCGGCGGCGCCGUCGGGAGAUCCGUCUCCGUGGACAAGAUGACCAUCGCCGAGCGGUCGGCCAUCGCCAGGAAGACGGCGGAGCCCGCGGAGAAGGCACGCCGGUCUUCCAAGGAGAAGGACGCAGAGUCAUCGGAGAAGGGGCCCAAGACUGACAGGGCUGUCUCCAAAGACCGAGCAGAGAGGACGGGGACCUCUGGAGAGAAGCCAGCUGCUGCUCCCAGAGAAGCAGGGAAGGGCAGCGACUCCUCAGCGACAAAGAGCAGAUCCAGGGUGAACCGCAAGGCUUUGACUAGCCGCCCCUCUGGCAGCAGGCCAGCCGAGACGGGGAGGUCGGACUCUGAUCAGAACCAGAGGUCCGGGAGCUCCAAGGACUCUGACCCCCGGUCACAGAGCCCCGGCGACGGCCGCAAACACAGCCCCACCCCGGAGCCCAGUCCAGGACGCGUCGAGGUCCUCAUCCAGCCCCCGCCUCGCUCCAAGUGGGAGCGAGACGACGAGGAGGAAUGGCCUGAGAACGGACUAGCUGCGCCCGCCGAGAAACCUGCGUCGCCCCCCAGAGGCCGAGAGAAGGAAAAGCACCCCGAUGCCCCCAAACCCGUAAAGAGCCUGGCCAGGGACGGCCCCAAGGAGGAGAAGAGAGGGGCCGCCAAAGAGGAGAAGACCACAACGCCGGCAGCAACGACGACGACGGGGAAAGGUGUAAAGCAGGAGGGCAAGGCUGUGAAGACCUCCCAGGCGGUCAAGGCCAAAGCCCCCCGGGACGAGAGCCGAGGACACGGCCGGACGGACGGACGGAGCGGCGAGAGGGAGGAGCCCAAAGGCGUCGCCGCGAAGGAGGAGCGGGCCCCGGGAGGAGCCGGCCGGGAGGAGAGCCGAGGCCCCGAGCCCAGGCGACAGCGUCUGUGCUCCGACCUGGGCCGCGAGACGGACGAGGCGGCCUUCGUGCCGGACUACAGCGAGGGCGAGGGCUCCGAGCCCCAGAAGGGCGGCAGCGUCAGCGCCAGCCCCUCCCACAGCGUGGCCUCAGGCAGCCCGGCCCACAGCAACGCCAGCGGCUCGGUGGCCACCACCGCCACGGGCGACAAGAAGAAGAAGAAGAAACGCAAGAAGGACAAGAAACACAAGAAGCACAAGAAGCACAGCGGCCAGGACGCGCCAGAGGACGCCGAGUCCAAGGAGCGCAAGCACAAGCACAAGAAGAAGAAGCAUAAAAAGAGCAAGGAGGCGGAGGAGCCCGGGAGCAAGACACCCCAAGAGUAGCCACCAGCGCUCGCCUGUCCAAGCCCCCCUCGCCGCUACUGCCCACUUGGGUUUUUCAUCUCCACCUGCCGAGGGUGCAUGUAGUUGACAACAACCCCCCCCCCCCCCCCUAAUCAUCAGGCUGCUCCUUGCAGACCUGUCGUGCGGCUGGCCUGGCACUGUGCUCCUGAACACUUGUGACCCUGCCUUUUGCAAGAAGACAAAGAGCGUGUGCUCCUCGUUUUAGUCUCCCAUGUUGAUUGAGACUUCUGCAGAUGCUACACUUAGGGCGGCAACAUCAAGACCUACACAGAACACUUGCCCCCCCCCCCCCUCCCCGCCUCUUAAUCCGAAGCACUGAUGUGAAAGAGUAUAGGGGCAGUGGCGCCUUAUUGUAUUUGUCGACCUGGAGCGUGUCUUGAAAAGAGUUUCUGAGUGAGUCAUACCCACUGGGGUCCUGACUGCGUGGAGGUCUCCGACGGUGCCUGGGUUCGAGCGAUCAACCAGCGGCCGUUGGCGGAGCUGAAGGAAAGCUUCGCUGCAGGGUCCCUGGCUCCACGGCGUCGGGCCGGAGGCCGCCAGGGUCCAGGUGUCUGAACGGACAGCGUACUCAGGGAUGUGUUUGAGAGGGGGGUAUUACCGCGUCGUUGUCCUUUAAAAGUUUGAUCUUGUAAAUAGCGUUGAGCUAUUGCCUAAUCUGUUGAUGUUCAGUGCAGGACCCUGCGAUGCCCCCCCCCCCCCCCCCCUCUAUGCACCUUACGUCGAGCCACUUGAUUGACUUUGGAGACGGUUGGCUCUGAGACACAUCCCCGGAUCAGGGGUGUGUUCAUGGACAACUGCAUGUUUUUUUUUGUUUUUUUUGUCGUUCCAAAGUUGCAGUAGUUUGUAUCACAAUGUGAAUGCCACAGGGUGUGCGUACUAUGAAUAGUGUGUGUGUGUGUGUGUGUGUGUAACCUAAAUGAGCUGUGUGACUGGAACAAGGGGUGCUUGAGGAUCUCUUUACUUCAAAUUGAAAUGACGGUUCUUUUUUCUUUUUUUAAUUAAAGAUGUUAUGACUUCUACACGAUUUGUUGUUUUUUUUAUUUAGGUAAUAAACUUGAAGGGUAAAAAUGCAUUGUGUCUUGUCAUUUCAUUAGCUUUCAUUUGAUUUAAAGCAACGUUAAAUGUUUACUUGUGGUAUGAAUUGGAUAAGCUUGAUCAUGCAGUAGUAUACUUUCAGGCGGAAACGUUUUUUUGAUUACACAGAUGGGUGAAUUCAGGGUAACGUUGUUUUCCUUUUUUCUCUUGUUUUUCCCAAGUACAGUCAAAUUUAAGCGUUUGUGAAUUGAAAGUUUAAUUAUGUCAUCACUAAGAACCUCCAUUGGACAUAAUGUAUCCGAAGUGCUUCGGUCUGGCGAGCAAACGGAAAAAAGGUAAUGGCUAAUUGGCAAGAAAAAUAAUUUGCAGAGCAAAACCUUUUUUGAAGUUAAGUGACAUAUGACUUAUUGUUUACCUACCUCUAGCAAAUUACUUCACAUUAUUGGUACUAUUUUACCCAAAUAAGGCAGUAAUAUGCUACGUUACAGAGACUAUUCUCGGACCAAGCAAUCCUAAUAUAGAAAUAUCUAAAGCCUGAUUUGUGAGACUACAAAGAGUCCAUUACAAAAUGCUGAUCAUGUACCCUUAUGAAAUUGCACAGGGCGACACCCAGGGAAACUGGAUACAUUCUGUGGGUAGACAGAAGGCCUACUAUAAUCAUAACUAUAACAAGCAUAUAGUUUAUGAGGCCACGGCGCCCUCAAACAUUCAUUGAGUUAAAAAGGCGAGUCGUUGCGCUCUAGGAAGCUUUUAUUCCCCCGGGACGAUGUUUUAAACAAACCUUGCGUUCGUGACCGGAUAUGUGUGCAGUGCCACAUUGUGAACGCUAAAAGGCGCUGUGACUCCGAAUAGUUU